UGAGUUUCGAAGCAGUGAGGCCAUCCCAUCAUAGUUUAGUAUAAAAAUGCCCAUGCUCAAGCAUUCAGAACACAUCAGACAGUGGAAACAAACACCAGCUUAAAGCAAGAGUGAAGACUAGAUCUCCAUCUACAACAGACAUCUCUGAUAUACAAGCAGAGAGAGAUGAAGAGCGUUCUCUCAGUGAAGAUGUUGGCGGCGUUGGCUCUGGUUCUACUGGUGUCCAGUGUGACUGAGGGACGGAUUCUCAGUAAGUGUGAGCUGAAGGACAAGCUCAAGGCGGCUCUGGGAGGAAAUCAGGGAGGAAAUGUUCCUGGAGGAAAUGACACUCCUGGGGUUGGAAGGACAACUCCUGGGGUUGAAGAUGUGACCGGAGCUGGGUCUGGAAGUGUGGAUGAGCCUGGAAAUGUGGAUGAGCCUGAAAAUGUUGCUGCGCCUGAAAGUGUGGAUGUGUCUGAAAGUGUGGAUGUACCUGAAAGUGUGGAUGUGUCUGAAAGUGUGGAUGUGCCUGAAAAUGUGGCUUCACCUGAAAAUCUGGAUGAGCCUGAAAAUGAGAUUGUAGAUUUGGGCCUCAUCGCCAAAAUCGUCUGCUUUGUGGAGCGUGUGUCAAAGUUCAACACCAACCUGGUCACCCCCAUCCGAGGUGAUGUCAGACCUCCAGCAGGACCCCCUCCCAGACCAGAACAACGACCCAAUGGAAGACCAGGGGGAAGACCUAGUCAGGGCCGUCCCGGUGGAAGAGGAAAGAGAUCCCCUGGUGGGGGACGUGACAGGAACCCACCUAGCUUUUUUGAUGACAGUUCAGAGGAGGAUUCCAGAGAAAGCUCAGAACGUUCCGCUCGUGUUCCCACAAAACUGUAUGGAAUCUUCCAGCUGAGCGAUCGUGUGGCAUGCAGUUCCGGACCCGGCCAGAGUCUGAACAUCUGCCGCAUGGACUGCAGAGCUCUGAUUGAUGAUGACAUCAGGGAUGACAUCGCCUGUCUGCAGACCCUGUUGGACAGCGUGAACAAUGCUGUUGCUCCAGCUCCUCGGCACAACCAUGUUGCUCCAGCUCCUCGGGACAAGAAGAAGCACCCGCUGUUCGUGAAGGAGUGCCUCAAUGUCAAUCCUUUGCAGUACUUUGCUGAGUGUGUCUAACACAUUCAGAGUUUCUUCAGACAUGAAUAUUCUGUCAAGCUUCAUCCUAAUGCAUUACUGAAAUAAUCCCAACACUUGAUGUUUUCAGCCUUGACAGCAGUGCUUCAAAACCUAUUUGGUGUUUGUUAAUCUGCUGGAAAAAGUCUUUCAGAGAGGAACUACUGUUCACACUCACAUAAAUUAGUUAAAUGUAUCAGUUCUCAGACUUUGUCUUUUAUUUCACUCUUCCGUUGCACUUGUCAAAAUGUACCUGGAAAAUGUUCUCAAUUAUAAGAACAAUUAUGUUGAUAAAUGCUUCUACAUGUAAUUAGCAUGCCUCAGAAUGCAAAUAAAGCAAUAUUCAUAAGA